AUGAGUUCCUGGCCAGUGAACAGAAAACGAGAGCCUCAGUACCGCCGCCACUUCCUGACCGACAACAGUGCCUUCCACGCCCGGUUCUCCAGUACCGCCUGUCAGCAAGCCAGCGUCGGUACCGCCCGCCUGUCAAAUUCCAGAGGGGUUCUGAAGAAAUCUCAGAGUCGAUCCUUCAUCACGACACUCAAACAGAAGAGGCAUUCUAAAUCCAGACUGACAUGCCAGAGCGUGGACAAGGACGAGGACUGUCAGGAGAGCUACGGGAGGGAGGCUGGAGGACAGUUCAACAGAGGUGGACGGAAAAGGAAGACGAUGCAGCUGAGUCGAGAUCUGUCGGAUCUGGUGGUGUUCACCAACUCCGUCGCCUCGCAAGAGUGUCUGUAUGAAGGGACUCCGGGUGACGUUCUGUCAUUCAGCGAGACCAGGGCCCAGUCUCUGGUCCAUCACAAGGCUGAACAGUUCCUGGGCUUCAACCAGCGGCAGCUGUCACGGAUCUACCCGUCCGCCUAUCGCAUCGACUCCUCCAACUUCAACCCCCAGUUCUACUGGAACGUUGGCUGCCAGCUGGUUGCUCUGAACUACCAGACUGAGGGCCGGAUGAUGCAGCUCAACAGAGCCAAGUUCAUGCUGAAUGGAGGAAGCGGUUAUGUCCUCAAGCCCCCUCCUAUGUGCAAAGGCUCCUUCAACCCGUUCUGCGAUGACCCGCUUCCAGCCUAUCCCAAGAAACAGCUGAUCCUCAAAAUAAUUAGCGGACAACAGCUGCCAAAGCCACCAGAUUCCAUGCUUGGGGACCGUGGAGAGAUUAUUGAUCCGUUUGUGGAGGUGGAGAUCAUCGGCCUGCCUGUCGAUUGCUGCAAGGAACAGACACGAGUCGUCGAUGACAACGGGUUUAAUCCAGUAUGGGAGGAGACCCUGUCCUUUACUCUCCACAUGGCUGAGGUUGCUCUGGUGCGUUUUCUUGUCUGGGACCACGACCCGAUCGGACGUGACUUUGUGGGCCAACGGACUGUUGCUUUCAGCAGCCUCAUGCCCGGUUACAGACAUGUGUAUCUGGAGGGACUGACCGAAGCCUCGAUCUUCGUGCAUGUGUCAGUGCAUGAUAUCUAUGGGAAGUGGAGUCCUCUAGUCCUGAACCCCAGCUUUACCAUAAUGCACUUUCUAGGAUCUAACAAGGGUCAUCACCUCAGAGGUAUCAGGGGUUUGUUUAAUCGUUCGUCCAAGUCUUCUGUGGAAACCAGCUCGAGUAGCACCUUAAGGAAACGCUCCAUCAGCGAUCACUUUCUCAGACGAACAGCCAGUGCCCCUGCCAAGGGACGCAAGAAGACCAAGAUGGCCCUUGCAGAGUCACUGGCUUCCAUAUCGGACCUAAAGAGCAGCACAGGAGCAGGGGCUGGUGUAGAGGGGGUAACAUCGAAAGAGGGAGGGGUAGAGAGGCGUCAUCAAUCGCAAACCCCUCUUACCCACAGGCCCAUGUCGGUGCCCUUGGACAGACUCCUUCAAGGGCAGCUGUCGCUUUGCUCCCCAGACAAGGAACAGCAUGACCUGGGAUCAGACACUGUCAUUGGAAUGUGUCCCAUCAACCGGCCCAGGUCUACUUCUGUGGACCUCCUCGUUGAAUCAUCAGCCUGUCUUAAACAUAGAGUCCCCUCCCCUUCAAAGAUAUGCACCAUUACAAAAAAAGGGCCUAACCAAUCAGACGAGACUUCUUAUCUGGUCAUUUGUGAAAGACAAGCAAGAAGAGUGGAUGAAUACCAUAAAGAUCAAUCGCAAGAAGACCUCAAUGCAAAGCUCCUCUCCAGAGGGACACCAGCAGACCGUUUGAUCUCAUCUUCUGAAAACAGCCAGGAGAGAGCAACUAAACCAGAAACAUCUUCAAACAGUGCAACUUACACAGUUCCACCUUCAGUGUCCUCUUCUUCUUCUUCUUCAGUCCCCUCUUCUGUGGCCCCUUUGUCUCCUGUCAACGGAGUCAAUAUGGAUUACUCUGAUCUGAAGAGCCCCAGCUACUUACAGGACAGUACCAUCUCGAGACUUAUUGAUGCCGUUUCCUUAGGCAAUGAAAAUGACACCUGUGGCUCUGUCUCUGCUCUGAUUGGACAGUUUAAUAUCACUCUUGACCAGAAUAAUCUCACAAAAUUAUCUAACGUCCCUUGCCCUACACAUACUACUAAUGAUUCAAACUUAAAGUCUACCCCACACAAAGUACUGCAUGAGAAAUUUAUGUCCCCUCUCAAUCUCUCCAGGGCAUCUAAUCAUAUAAGUAUGAUGAAAGGGCCUAUCAGGCCCCAAAUCAAAGCUCAAAUGAGCAACCACACAAACCCUGAACUCCCUUUACCACUUAAGAGUCCACAGGCAGACCCACCUGCUUUGCCUUUGUUCUCCAGCCCAGAGACCACUGAGCAAGAGGAAGUCUACACCAUCUUGGAUGAAGAGGUGUUGUCACCUACAUCAGUAUACAACCUGAAGAAACAGACCAUCCAUCUCCGAGUUGACUCGGUAGACAGUACCCCCUCAAACAGCCUGGGCUCCUCCCCAGCCAAGCCAUCUAAAGGUUUUAGAAAAGAGGACACAGUGGGCUGGGGUGAUAUUCACACACAGAAGGGUGAUGGGGAAGAGGUCAGGGAGGCAGAAGAGAGAGUGUAUGAGGAUGUGCAAGACCCCAUCAGGCCAGGAUCAGGAGUAGGACAUAGGGUGUCAAGAGAUUACAGGGGUCCCCCGAUUAACGCCAACUGUUUCCAGAUCUGCAAUCACUCAGUCAUCAGCGGUUCAAUGGAGGUGGAAAUAAAUGUCGAUGCUGAUCCGUUGGACAGAAUGCUGAGCUCACCAAAACACAGUGAUGCAUGGGGAGGAUUACAAAGUCCAACCAAACGUCAUGCCAUAUGCCAAAAGAACGAGCCCUUUCUUAGCCAUGCGCAGCAAAUGCAGCUGUCUUCAUCGUGUGGUGCUUCUCAACUUCAAAACUCACCACACUCAUCUCAUCUUCAUUUUCCACAAUGUUCUUCACCUUUGAGCCAAACUUAUCAGCCCUCCCACCAGCUCCCAAGCAGCCAUCAGCCUUCUCCUUUCCACCAGCCAAUCAACUCUAAACCCAUUAACCACAGUCCAUUUCGUCAGAACUGCUACUCCAUUCCUCAGAGCGAAUCUGAGUCCUCUGACAACAAUGAAGGUUUUAGCAGCUCCUUUACCCACCAUAGGAGCUACAUUGGCAGCCAAGCGCCAAUCAGGCAUUACCAGGAUAGACUGGGGGACAAACCUUUGGACAAGGAGUUGAUAGGACACUUCCAAAAUGGAUAUUCCUCCCCUGAGUGUCUUGCUGGCCCGUCAGGUAUGCCUAAAAGUCUCUCUGCAGACAGGGGCCUAUAUUCCCCUGCCUCUGACUGUGAUUUGGCUUACAGCCAGCAAGAGUAUGACCACUUCACACUCUCAUCUGCAUCUUCGAUUUCUCACCAUUUGCAGCCACAGAGCAGGUCUCAGUCAUAUAACAAAACAGAGCCAGAGACCCAAAUGUUCUCCCAUACCCAUAACAGGCAACAGUGUCAUCCAAAAACUGGAGAUCCAUCGUCAACAUAUAUGGGCCCUUUCCCAGCCCUUCAUCAGCCUAGUUCCAUGACCUCUGCAGCCUCCAGCUCCGUCAAGUCCAAAUCUUUAGGAGACUUGACCUCUGAGGACAUAUCAUGUAACUUUCAGAGUAAAUAUCGCAUCAUCAGCCGAAGUUUCAUCACUCCCCAUAUGAUGGGCCGCAGAAGAAGAGGGGCAUGGGGAGGUUUUGCUCAUCAACAAAAGUCUUCUGACCCACUUACAGAGCAGCUACGCAAGCUUGUAAGCCUGGAAGGCGAUGACAGUGACAGAGACAGGCCUCCAUCCCCCCAGAUGCCUGAGAUUGCCAAAUCCCCUCUGUUACAGCCACAGCCACCCAACAGGGCUCCCUCUACUCCAGGGGAUAUCGACAACUCCCCUCCACCUUUAACUCGCCGCCUAUCCUCUCGGAGCCAAAGCCGCGUGCGUCACAUUAACAGCCGUGCUCGGGAAAGGCAGCAGGAGGCCUUAAAGCCUCGGGCCGGGGUAGGGAUUAAUGGCGCAGUCAGUGUGGGUGGAGUGGUAUUGAGGCAUAAACCUGCCUCACAGAACCCGCCACCUAAUCGACAUUCCACGGGCUCUUACAUAGCAGGCUACCUAGGUCAGCUGGAGGACAGGGGGAUUCCUGAAGGAGCUUGUGCGUCAUUACAUCACGGAUAUGUGGAUCACUGCCAAGACCGCUACUAUACCGACGAUUCUUUUCAAACUGCAGACUCGCCCUGCCCUCCCUCGGAGCCUGAGGUCUACUUUCUGCUAAGGCUGUAA